AUGUUAGAAUGGCAGAGCUCUUUUCCUUUAGGCUCUUUAGUUAGAGUUAGCCAACAUGGCGACCGUGUAACGUUAAAGCAAACCAAUACAUCCAUGAAGCAAACGGACUAUGAGUGCCAACAAAAUGAGGGUCCCCCGAUGCUGCAUGGGGCUCCGGCGAGCCUAUUUGGUUUGGCCAAUCCUGCUGCUACUCCUGGUUGGUGCAGCUUUGACCGCUCUGCUGCCCCCUGCUGAGGACCGAGGAGGUGUUGGUGGCGGUGACCUAGGAGUGGUGCGUGAGGCAACGUCACAAAAAAAUAAUCCCACACAGGACCACCAUAGUGACAGCAUAGAGGAAGAGCACAGGUUCACCAUCAUCAUCCAAACUUACAACCGCACAGACAUUUUGCUCAAACUCCUAAACCAUUACCAGGCAGCGCCUCAUCUUCAGCAGAUUAUCAUAGUCUGGAACAACAUUGGGGAGCAGACACCCCUAAAGUUAUGGAACUCUUUGGGGCCUCAUCCGGUCCCUCUGGUCUUCAAGGAGCAGACUAUCAAUAACAUGCGCAACAGACUACAAUCAUUCCCUGAGAUUGAUACUGAUGCUGUGCUGAUGCUGGAUGACGACACCCUGGUCAGUGUUCCUGACAUCAGUUUUGCUUUCUCUGUCUGGAAGCAAUUUCCAGACCAGAUUGUUGGGUUCGUCCCACGCAAACAUGUCUCAACACCAGGAGGAGUGUACAGUUACGGCAGUUUUGAACUGCAGGACCCAGAAACAGCUGGAGGUGACAAGUACUCCAUGGUGUUAGUUGGUGCUGCCUUCUUCCACCGCCGCUACCUGCAGCUCUUCCAGGACCAACCUGAAGCAGUGCAUGCGCUGGUGGACGAAACACAGAAUUGUGACGACAUUGCCAUGAACUUUGCUGUAGCGCUGUAUUUGAGGAAACACUCUAUAGGCAAGGUUAACAAACCCUCUGGGGUCUUUGUCAAACCUGUAGACCUCCGCAACCUGGAAAAGGACGCCAGGAGCGGGUACCAGGGUAUGUGGCAUCGUCCUGAACACCUUCUUCAGAGGUCCCACUGUAUGAACAGGCUGACGCAGAUCUAUGGCUUCAUGCCACUCUGCUUCUCCAACCUGAUGGUCUCCCAGUUUGGCUUCCCCAGCUACGCCAACCAUAAGAGUAGAGGCUGAGCUGCCACACAGCUGACUUUUUUGGAUUGAAAGAAGACAGACUCAAGAUUAUCAUGGAUUUCGGACAAUCACACUUUUCUACACAUGGCCCAGUCUGAGGAAACGUCUAUAUUUGAUAAGGUAAUCUCUAUAUCAUUACCAAAGCUGCCUUUCUUUCAGUGUGAACAACUCUCUCAGUGAAUUGUUGUUGUGGUUGUUUUACGACCAGCAGGUGUUGGUCUUAGAUCUUUGACAAUUUGCCUCGUUUGUAACCAUGAUUUACAGCUCUCUGAUGCUGUAGAUUUUUGUUUUUACUACAUUUAUAGUUGUAUAUGGAAUGUCACUUUUCUGGUGAGCUUGUAUAAAUGUACUGUGUCCCCACCAAAGUGUGAAUUUAUAGAAUAAAAUACAGGUAUUUUGUACAUUCUAGGUAAUUCCUACUAUGCAUGCAUAGACAAUCUUUUUUUCUUUUUUUUUAUAAAUGUGUGCACAUUAUAAAGACUGCAUCAUGUUAAUUAGUUAAAUAAAGCCAACACUUUUUCUUUGAA